GAGCGUACAGUUCGCACUCUAUAACCACGGAGAGGAGGUCUUAACUAACUCUACAAAAAGGAAUUUAUCGCCACAACGAAGGAAUCUACGCUACCUAUAAACAAAAUGUCGCCACCACAUCACGAGGAUCGGGGCUUGUUCGGAAUAUCCUUAGGCCUGCACCUGGGCGGGCAUGGACACCAUCAUCACCACCACCACGGACCACCGCCGCCACACCACUACGAUCAUCAUCACCACCACCACCACGGACCACCGCCGCCGCCACACUACGAUCAUCAUCACCACCACCACCACCACCACGGACCACCGCCGCCACACCACUUCGAUCAUCAUCACCACGAACACCAUGGACACCAUGGACACCAUGGACAUCAUGGACACCAUGGUCCACCAGCGCAUCAUCAUCACCAUCACUGCUAGAAAUGUGAUAAAAGUGCGGAGCAGUGAUCCAGUGCUCGGCCAUGGAUGAGAACAGGCAACCUAAUGCAGUCGUGGACACAGUUUUCUUGUGAUGCCUUUUCUAUGACAAUGACAAGUGAUUGCUUAUUUAUUUUUAUACACGAAUUUACUUUAUUUAAAACCAUAAAAAGAAAUACAAAUACGUUAAAAAAUUUAAAACCA